AUGGCAGCGAGCGCUUCUCCUCCCCCGAACCCCCGGCCCUCCAGCCCUCCCAAACGUGAGGGAGCAGGGGACCUGGACCGACCUUCCAACCGACCUUCCAACCUCGAGCGUGAAUCCUUCCGUGCAGACGCUGUGAUACACGUGCCGCCUCCUCUUCUCCUAGCCGUCCGCAACCUUGGAACUCUCUCGACUCUGGCCCCUCGACCUCCAGGUGAACCACCAGAGCGUUGUCUAUACCGAAGAACUAUACCACGGGAGCCGUACCAAGCAGCCCGAGAUCCCCGCGCCCUUACCGUGCUGCCGCCUCCCCCGCGUUACCCAACGCAGGCCGCAUACAAUGCCGCCGUCGCUGCUGGCCACGCGACUCCUCUGAUCGAGACCAACAACAUCUUGUCCAACCCCGAGGACUCCUUCCAGGCCGGCGAGGGCACCUACGUCCUCAAGGAGGACCUACAUCUGGCCACACCGCCGCCGCACCCCUCCGAGGCGCCCAUCCUGAACCCGAAUCCCUUGGCGACGCUCCCUCAACCCGCCACGGCCGGCACACGCAUAUCGCUGAUCACUCUCGACGACAAAGCGCCGCCCCCGGCGUUUUACCGCCUCACCUCGGCCACCACCCUCUCCGCAAGCAUCGCCGAGCACCCCGGCGAGGAUCGGUUAUCCCACGAUGCCAAGCUAAGCAGCGAUGGCGAGGGCCGAGGUACGUCCAUCAGCGACGGGCCGACGUCGUUGACGGCAGUCUCGGCGCCUGCGUUCGGGGAGGGCAACAGCCUGUUGGCACCGGAGAAGACCAAGGACCUGAACAAGCGACGGAAACCCAAGAACAAUAUGACCAAGAGUAACUCCUCUUUCAUAUCGCGCGUCAUCAUCAACGAAGCCGUAUCCAAGAAAUUGCUGGACCGGCCGGGGGAUGGGGUGUUCGCGUUCGCCAACAUCAACCGCGCCUUCCAGUGGCUAGACCUGUCUUCGCCCUCGAAAGCCGAUUACUUAACCAAGAUUCUCUUCACCAAAGCACACUGCCUGAGCCACGAUGUCAACCUGGUGACCAAGGGGCCAGGGCAUCUGGACGUCGUCAUGGGCUUCUCAACUGGUGAGAUUAUCUGGUGGGAGCCCAUGUCGCAGAGAUAUACGAGGUUGAAUAAGAAUGGCGUGAUCAACAAAACCCCAGUCUCGCAGAUUCGUUGGAUACCCGGGGCCGAAAACCUUUUCUUGGCAGCACAUAUGGAUGGUGCGCUGGUAGUAUACGACAAAGAGAAAGAAGAUGCAAUUUUCAACCCUGACGAGGAGAAGCCUGAGGGCGAGGCCGAACCCAGGACUGAAUUCUCAAAGGCCAUCCAAGUCGUCAAGUCGAUACACUCCAAGAACCAAAAGGUGAAUCCCGUUGCCAUCUGGAAGCUCUCCAACCAGCGGAUAAAUGCAUUUGCUUUCUCGCCGGACAAUAGACACCUGGCCGUAGUCUCUGAGGAUGGAACACUUCGCAUCAUAGACUACCUCAACGAGAAGCUCCUGAGUUUAUUCUCUGCAUACUACGGUGGUUUUAUCUGCGUCUGCUGGUCUCCCGAUGGCAAGUACGUCCUGACGGGCGGCCAGGACGACCUGAUUUCGAUCUGGUGUCCCUCAGAGAACGCCAUCAUAGCGCGCUGUCAAGGACACCAAUCGUGGGUGACCGCCGUGGCCUUUGACCCGUGGAGAUGUGAUGAGCGAAAUUACCGCUUUGGCAGUGUAGGCGAGGACUGCCGGCUCUGUCUCUGGGAUUUCAACGUAGGAAUGUUGCACACCCCCAAAGCUGCUUCUGUCCGUCAUCGCGGUUCCAUCUCAUCGCGCGUGCCUGGCCUCCAUCGCGCCGAGACACAGAAUACCUCCAUCAGCAGGCUGCGCUCCAAUUCGGCCGUGUCGACCGCAGACGACGAUGAGGAGGAGACUAUCAGCUACCCGGUGGAGCCGCGCUCUAGGAUCCCGAUCCUGCCCCCCGUGCUCAUGAAGAAGGCCGAUAAGGACCCGCUCUGCUGGGUGAAGUUUACGGAGGAUGCCAUCAUGACGAGUUGCAAGUCUGGCCACCUGCGGACAUGGAAUAGGCCCGCGGAUAACACGGCUUCAUGA